CCAAGAAAAAGGCAAAAAAAAAAAAAAAAACUACCCAGAUACUUCCACUUCUUCACCUUCACCUCUCCCAGAGUUGAAGAAUAUGAACAUUUUGACGUGUUUUAGUUUUUGUAAACCCACGAAAUUUCGUGGAAGUUUCAAUGUGAUGAGUUUCUUGGUCUUGCUUUUCUUAUUAGCCCAUCAUCGAGAAAUUCUUCAAAGUCCAUUCUCUGAUAAGUCUAGUCCCAUACUUUCCCAUAUUUGGAUUUCCAAAAGUCAUGAUUUUGAAGAUAAGGCUAGUGGGAUUGAGGUCAUCCGACGGAAAACUCAAGAGAAUAGUGUUGAGAACGGCGUUCUUACUACAAACAAGAGUCCUUCUCUUAUAUGCUCAGGAUUGUAUAACCACACCGGUUACGGGACCAAAUGCGAAUACUUGAGAGCCAACCCACAAUGCAAUUCAGGGGGAUUUUUCAAUUAUAUCCUGUUCUUUUACUGUGUCUGUCAGAAGUUUAGCGCUUUGGGGUCCGUCAUUUUGGGAAUUUGGUUGGUAGUUUUGUUCUAUUUAUUGGGAAAUACUGCCGCAGAUUACUUCUGUUGUAGUCUUGAAAAGCUCUCAAACUUGUUGAAGUUGCCGCCCACGGUUGCAGGGGUGACUCUGCUUCCAUUGGGUAAUGGGGCUCCUGAUGUAUUUUCUAGUAUUGCUGCUUUUGUAGGCCGUGAUUCUGGUGAGUUGGGAUUGAAUAGUGUGCUUGGCGGGGCUGUUUUUGUGGUCUGUGUUGUUGUGGGAACUGUCUCCUUAUGCGUUUCAGAGCGAAACGUGAGGAUUGAUAAGAAAUGUUUUAUACGGGACGUGUGUUUCUUUCUUGUUGCCCUUGGUGCUUUACUCGUUAUUCUGAUCGUUGGUGAUGUCACUGUAGGAGGGGCAAUUGGAUUUGUCUCAAUCUAUGUUGUUUAUGCUCUUUUUGUUGCUGCAAGUGAGGUAAUUAAGAAGCAUCCGUGGAGCUGCAAGCCGAAUUCAGCGGAAUCGUUAUUGUUACCUGUUAGCGGAAAUAGGCUAGCUAAUGAAGCUGUAGAAAGUGAGUCUGUACAGACUCCUCUCCUUCAGUCAGAUUCUGCUGAAGCAGGGACUAGUCUUCAAGAUAAGCUGCCCCAUUGGAUGUGGGCUUCGAAUGUAGCCAUUUAUUCAAAUGAAGUAAUAAAGGUUAGUGGUACAAAUAGCCCAAAAUUCUUGUGGGGUUGGAAUGAAGAGGACACGGCUAGUGAUCAAUCAUCUUUCUCCUGUUCUAAACUUUGCUCGUGGCUGGAAUUACCCUUGACAAUCCCAAGACGGUCAACAAUUCCCAUAGUUGAUGAGGAGAGAUGGUCAAAGGGUUAUGCUGUUGCCAGUGCCUUUUUGGCACCUCUGCUCUUGGCCUUCCUUUGGAAUACUCGAGAUGAUGUCAGUUUUCUUGCCAAAGCUACUGUGUAUCUCGUUGGUGCUGUAGUUGGUGGUACACUUGGAGUGCUUGCAUUUGUAUACACCAAAGCAGAUCAUCCACCUCAAAGGUUUGUCCUUCCAUGGGUUUUGGGAGGCUUUCUUAUGAGUAUCAUCUGGUUUUACAUUGUUGCGAAUGAGCUUGUUGCCCUACUAGUAGCAUUUGGUGUCAUAUUUGGAAUCCAACCGUCUUUGCUUGCAUUAACCGUAAUGGCAUGGGGUAAUUCGAUGGGUGAUUUAAUGUCGAAUGUUGCAAUGGCGAUGAAUGGUGGUGAUGGGGUGCAGAUUGCUAUGUCAGGAUCCUAUGCAGGACCUAUGUUCAAUACCCUUGCUGGCCUGGGUAUCUCUUUGCUCCUUGGAGCCUUGUCCGACAGACCUUCAUCAUACGUUGUUCCCAGGGAUUCUAGCUUGUAUUUUACAUUGGGUUUUGUUGUCUUAGGACUUGUUUGGUCUCUAGCUGUGUUGCCAUGGAACAAUAUGCGUCCGACCAAACUGUUAGGAAUGGGCCUCAUGGUCAUCUACUUGGUCUUUCUAUCAUUCAGAGCCAGUUUAGCGCUGAAUGAUGAAUCGAUGAGUGGAUGAGCAGAAUGAGGUCUGACCUGGUAGUGGUGACUCAUGAAUCUUGACCAGGCCAAUAGGUGAUAGUUUAGGCGAUGUCCCUGAUUGUGGACUGUUAUUAGUGUAAAUGCUCCCUUUGCUUGGGAAAUGUACAUUCUCCUUACAGCCGCCUACAAACGGUUGGAAAUAUAAUGACUAGUUAUUUCGUGACAACAAGUAUACAUCGAGACUGAACCUUGAUUGGA